AUGUCAAUUGUGAAGGAAAACAAUAAUCAGCAGGAACCGGCGCCAAGCAAACACUUCGUCAAGCCAUUGCGUCUUGCUCAAAACAGCCUUCAUGUUCCAAGCCAUGUUUUGCUGCCUCGUGGCUCUCUUUUUGCUCACCCUUACCCGGAAUCUGUUCACCCGUUUGAAACCCAUGAAGACCAGAGUAUAAGCGAACUAACUGCUAAAACGAUCGCUAGAGGAAACCAUUUGAUAUUUGAUACAAAUAUCUCUCAGAGAAGAGGAGAAGUAAGCAAACAUGGGCGACACAAUGUACACAGAUCUUGCCAUGCUUGUGAUGAAAGAAACAUUGGAGAUUUUGCUGUCAAGAGUAUUCCGGUUUUACCAUUUAAAGUUGCGGUUUUUUGUCUAAUUUUAAACACCAUUACACCAGGAGCAGGUAAGUUUAUAAGGUUUUCAUGAUACCAUAUCCUCUACUAAACAUAUGAUACCCGACUAGAAGUUAUUCAAAUGAGGCGGCGACUAAAACAUAUACCCCCACAAAAAGGUUUCCUCAGUACUUUUCAUUGAAUACCAGGGACGAGACGCACAGAAAAAAAAAUGCCUUGUCUUCGUUCAAGUGAUAAUUCUAAUAAAAGGAAUGAGUUCCUCUUCGUCAUCGGUCACUUCUAUCCGCCUCGCUAUAUGGUGGCUCUUAAACCAUAUCUCGUCUAAUUAAUAAAUUACAUUUUGGCAUCGCGGCAUUCUUUUACUUUUUCACUCAAACUCGUGUACUUUGUUAAGCAUUAUAGUCAUUAUUAAGGCAAAUGAACGACAUUCAGACAAAGGUUGAUACGUACUGUGCGAACGCAGACUAGUGCGAACGAAUGACCAUUAUUUUGCAUGGAUAAUAACUCAGAAAAGCCAGUAUAUUUUCUACUAACUUUUUAUACAACAACCAGACGGGCCAUCCGAAUACAGGUCGACCGAAAUCAAAACUAAUUAUAUUGAAAAGUAUACUUACAAAACAUCUACACUCCAUCAUCUAUGACAAUAACAAACCUUCUACAAACUUGCUGUAGCAAAAAGCAUGUUACACUACCACAUAAAAUGUUCAAAACAUAAUGCGAUACAAAAACAGUCGUUGUACUAUUGACAGUUACUACUACCACAAAAUAAAAACCAAGAUUUUGUUUCGAAUCUCACUACUAAAACAGAUUCACUGAAACUUUCGCCAUUUACAUUCAUGGUCGGCCACUUUCCUAUUUUAUCAGUCAUUGGCUAGUUUUGCUCCGGUGAACAAAAAUUAAAGGGAGAAGUUGAAAAAUAAAAGUUUUACUUGUAUAGUCUCAACUGAGAAAACUUAAAAACAAUUCAUAAUUCAGUUUUCAGUCGAGGAAUCGAAUGAAAAAUAGGAUCCAGUUUAAUUGCAUCACAAAAGCACUGGUCUAGUUCCUAACUCGGUCAGUUAAGCCCUAAAUAGGCAAACAAAAAAACGUCUAACUUUGAGGAGACGAACUAAACUUUCUGAGUUAAGUUCAAGAAAAGUUGGACGUUUAGCACUAGCCUAAGUGCGGCGAGCAGCGAUUGCUUUACAGGGCAUCAUACACAGAGGCGGAUCCAGGAUUUUUUUUAGGAGGGGUUGCACUCGUCUCUUGCUCUACUUCAACACCAAUAAACCACAUUUUUUCGCAGAAUACCAGUUGUAUUAGGCCCCGUCCACACGUAUCCGGAGAUUGUUGUAUCCGCAAAUUUUUUUAUGCGGAUACAAAAAUAUCUGCGUCCACACGUAGCGUAUACGAAUCGUAUACGACCGUCCACACGUAUCCGAUUCGUAUCCGGACAUCUCAAAGGAUUAGUCAACAGAGCAAACAGAAAUUUCCACUCUGGAGAGCGUAUACAGAAAUCUCCGGAUACACCGAGCGUAUACGGCGGACACGUGUGGACGCUAGGUGUAUCCGCAUAAAAAAAUUUGCGGAUACGAAAAUCUCCGGAUACGUGUGGACGGGGCCUAAGAAAACCGCAGGUCAUCUCGGGGGGGGGAGGCACACCCCCUGCACCCUCCCCCUAUCUCCGCCACUGAUACAGUUCUCUAUCACGAAAAAUACUGGUAAACUGGUAAAAUAUUAGCCGGGAAUUUCUAUUUAGAAACAGCGUCCAUUUAGCAAAAUGCACAUGUUGUCAACCUCGUCCCCAGGGCUUUUCCCAUUUUUUAAGGGAAAAGCACUGGGGACGAGUUUUACAUGUUGUGGUUACGUCGAGAGUAGUCAUUGAUCAUUAGUCAUUGAGUAGCACUAAAGUAAAGGUCAAUAACUAACGAGGGGGAAAAGAAGAGGGGAGAAUAGCGAAAAAGGAGAGUUUAACUCACUCUCGCCCAUCUUUCCUUUUGUGCUCACCUCGUACGAUUUAACUCGAUCCUCACCAUCUGUUGAAGAAUUCUUGAAUCCUAACUAACAGUGCAGCUGUACUACAUCGUCACGUUAAGGUUCGAGCUCCACACUUUCACCAAAAAAUUAUUGAAAAUCUACUGUCAGCAGUGCGUAUUUGACGUUUACGUGUAUUACUCUCUGAAUCAAUGCCUUAAUGAAACGACCCUUUAAAACCACUUCCAGUUAUUGGCCCUACUCAGUAAAAAAAAAAAAAAAAUUAAAAUCGGUCCAUAAAAAACGUAUUUCAAUCAGUACUGUUAUAACUUGUUUCGAAUCGCUUUUUCAAUUCCGGUUAUAAGUCGCUUCGGAUAUAAACUCCUCCGUUUAUAAGCCCUCCUAGAAGCCCUUACAAAGAUGUAUAAGACCAGAGCUUACAAGAGGCAAAUCACGUGCCGAGAGCCUUGUUAACCAGGCUUGGUGAUGACUAAAAGGAUUAACUCUGAUUCCAUUGUGGCAAGGGGAUUGCCAUACACACUACUGAUAGUAGCCUUACGUAAAUGCUUUUUUCUUAGUUUAGUUCAAUUCCCUUUGAGAAACGUCAUGUACACAAAUCCGUUCUUGAAGGAGAUCUUGAAAUAACCGCAGCGUGUAGUGAUCCUUUCUCGUCUGAUUAUACCUUUUUCCACUCUAGCUCCUAAACAGUAAGAGUAUAAUUUGAAUUCCCUUUAAGCCAAGAUAAUGCCUGUUACAUAAAAUGGAUAGCCAUUGGAAUUAAUUGAAGCUCUGCCAUUCAAGACGAUAUUAAAACGGCUUAUUCUAAGUUAUAUACCCUGCAUGAUUCAUUAAAUCAUGAAGGCUACUGAUCAUGGGUUAAUUUGCUUUAGUAAACAUAUCUAUAGCUAAGAGUUAAUUACUCGAAAUGAAAACUUGAAUAACUUUGAAAACUGCUUAAUCAGUUUCUGUGCUUUGGAAAUAAAAGUUUAGAACUGAUAUUUGUGACGGAGAAAGUGGUUGCCAAAAAUUGACUGAAAAAGAUGAUAUUUUCGAUAGUCUCAUUUCCGUCACUUAAAUAGCACCUGUAAAAGAACAGUUAUAGUUUGAUUGAGACUCACGUCCCCAAAACAAUUAAUAACUUUAUUCCGAAAAAAAAAAAAAGAAUAAUAAACUGCUAAAGAAACACAGUAUGGGUCAAAAACGGCCGGCCGGAAGAAGAAGAGCACCUGUGAGUCACGCAUCAUCAUCGAUCGGGCUCUUUAAUACUAAAGUUUUUAAUAUCAUCUCAACUAUCCAGGUAAUGAGGGAGUUAUAAAUCACCGCAGUUUUAGUAGAUACAGACUUGCUUCAAGCGCAAGUUAAUAGGAAAGAUCUGCUGCCGUUUCAUGUGUAUAACUAACCAAGUGUCUUGUGUCAGAAAACAAUAAGGUGUUGAUUGAUUACUGAUGUAAAUUGAUCUGAAAGUCGAGUCUCUAUUGUGAUGUCAAAAGGACCUAAUGACGAUGACUCUACCAUCUGAGAAGGUUCGCUUGUAAAACGACAUGUUUACUUUGCUUUUCUUCGUUUCUUAUGACGUUCAUUUAACUGUUAUGAAUGGUCAUUACCCAUGGUGAUAGCAAACUAAAACCGUAGAGCAUUGAUUUUAGACCGGCUAAAAGUAAAACUCUAUAUAUCGUUGGCUGGAUAGGAAACCGUAAGUCUAUCCUCACUGACUAUCCUGCAAUGACAAUGAGGAAGAAUUAUGCGAGUUCUUCGACGCAAUUUCUGUGCACUGAAGGAGGAGUGGAGAAUGCUAAAGAAAAUCUUCCACUAGUAGGAUUAAAUGUGCCGGUUUUCAUCGGAGAGAACAGUUCUUCAGGGGAAUAUACACUUGGUUUGCCUACGCUGACAAAAUCAGUAGAGAACGGGAACUUUUUACAAAGGAGCUUUAGCCAGGAAACUGAUCCAAGCUCUUCAUCGCGGAAUAUUGCUCGUUUGGCACGAAUCUCGACUUCCUCGACAGCAACAAGUCCAAAUACAUUAUUUGAAGGAUUUCAAAUUCCGACCGAGACGGUCAUUCCGGUGGAAAAUGUUGGUCCCAUAAAGAAGAAAAAAAGUAUAUCGGCGCAAGACGCCAUUCCAAUUCUACCCCGCUCCGCAGCCAUUGCUUGUCUCAUUUUGAACAUUUUAAUUCCCGGUUUAGGUAGGUCUGUCUGUGUUCAUCAGUUUUUCUUUGCUGUCGGCACUAACUACAGUCUGUCAGCACGGCUUUAA